AAAGGAGUCCUGCCGGCGAAAUUCGGCCAUGUUAGCGGAAUGUGGAGUGAAGCUGCAGGAGCCCCGCUUCUCUGAAUGUAUUGUUGGUACUAACACGCUGCUUGUUCAGUUUAUUUAACUGAGCUGACAUCGUGGGGGAAGGGAUCGCGGCAGAAGUCGAGUAUGGAGGUGGAGGCGGAGGCGGCCAGGCUGAGGAAUGAAUUGGCCAAGAAAGAGCAGGAGGUGGAGAGGCUGAGGGCAGCGAUCGCAUGUCUGCAUCAGAAUUCUCAUUCUGGAAGUAAGUUCACAUUAGUUCAACAAGUUACAGAGAUUCCUACACUGGAAGAUAAAUCACUCUCUAAAGAAGAAAUCAUGAGGUACAGCAGACAGCUUAUCAUUCCAGAAAUUGGAGUCAAAGGUCAACUCAACCUCUCCAAGAAAGCUGUUCUAAUUGUAGGAUGUGGAGGGCUGGGCUGUCCCGCUGCGCAAUACCUGGCAGCUGCAGGCAUUGGUCGAUUGGGACUUCUUGAUUAUGAUGAUGUGGAGCUCAGUAACCUACAGAGACAGGUUCUCCAUGCCGAGGAUAAGGUGGGCAUGUCAAAAGCAUUGUCUGCGGCAACUGCAAUAAAUCGGUUAAAUUCAAAUGUUGAAUGUCUGCCGUAUCACUUCCAGUUGAAUUUCAAGAACGCAAGUCAGCUAAUUCGACAGUAUGAUAUUGUAGUAGAUUGUUCUGACAAUGUUCCAACGCGAUAUCUUGUCAAUGAUGCCUGUGUUCUGAAUGGGAAGCCACUUGUAUCAGCCAGUGCUCUCAGAAUGGAGGGGCAGCUCACUGUGUAUAAUUACAAUGGUGGACCUUGCUAUAGAUGUCUCUUUCCAAAACCUCCUCCAGCAGAGACAGUGACCAAUUGUUCAGAUGGAGGAGUGUUGGGUGUAGUGCCUGGAAUUCUGGGAUGUAUUCAGGCCCUGGAGGUUUUGAAGAUUGCAUCAGGAAUAGGACCAUCGUACAGCCAACAGAUGUUGGUAUUUGAUGCUCUGGAAUCUCGAUUUCGCACCAUUAAGCUUCGACAAAAACAGCCGACAUGUGCAGUAUGCAGUGAGAAUCCAGCAGUGAAGGAUUUGAUCGAUUAUGAGAUAUUCUGUGGCUCAGCAGCAACCGAUCAGUGUAGGAAGCUUAAUUUGUUAACUGGAGAACAGAGAAUAACCGUACAGGAAUAUAAACGUCAUUUGGAUGAAGAUAUUCCUCAUGUUUUGGUGGAUGUUCGUCCACAGGUGGAGGUUGACAUAUGCCAUCUACCUAACUCUAUUUAUAUUCCAUUGGCUGGAUUAGAGGAAAAGCGUGUAGAAUACAUGAAGGUUUUACAAAAUAACAUCAACGCAAGGAAACAUAAAACAGAUGCUGACAAAGACACAUUCCCAGUCUAUGUUAUCUGUAAACAAGGAAAUGAUUCACAGAAGGCUGUCAAAAUCCUGCAGGAGAUGUUAAGCAACGAGCUUUGCUCAUUGUCGGUGAAGGAUAUUCAGGGUGGAUUGAUGGCCUGGUCUCAAAAGAUUGAUCCAGCCUUCCCACAGUAUUGAUUGCUGGGAAGGGGGGAAAAGUGAAAGAAAUCAUGUAACUUUUCAAAAUUAUUGCCUAAAGUAUACUAAACUUUCAAUGUGUUGCAAAUGGUUGUAUUUCAAUAAAUACGUGUGGAAAAGUA